AUGAAGUCCAUUGCUCUGGUGGCUUUUUCGAGCCUGGCACCUCUGGUCUCGGCUCUUGGGCAACAAGCCAUCGUUUCGUUGAAGAGUGCCCCCGACGUUUUCCAGAUUGCCGGUGGCAAUGUCAAAGCUGGCCAAGUACUCGUGUCCAGCGACGACUAUUGGGGCGUUAUUCGAGCUGCUGGCGAUCUAGCGUUGGACUUUGGCCGUGUCACCGGCACCAAUUACACACUCAGCAACGGCGAGAGUGGCUCAAAUCCCGCCGUUUACAGCUUUGCGCCGGUUGAUGUUAGCAACAACACCAUUUUCCGCGUCGAGGACAAGCAAACCUUCUCCGGUCCUAAGUAUACCGACCCUGCUCCUAGCUCUACGGUCGUCAUUGCUGGCACCAUUGGCCACUCCAAGUUCAUCGACGACCUCAUCAAGGCCCAGAAGCUCAACGUGAGUGAGGUCGAGGGAGAAUGGGAGGCUUUUGUGAGCCAAUUGGUCGAGGAGCCUAUCGCGGGAUGCUCUCGUGCCCUCGUCAUUGCCGGUAGCGACCCUCGAGGUACCAUUUACGGCAUCUACGAUGUUAGCGAGCAGAUUGGCGUCAGCCCUUGGUACUUCUGGGCCGAUGUUCCCACAAAAAAGGCUACGGAGAUCUACGUUCUGCCCGAGCGCAAGGUCCAGGGUUCACCCUCGGUCAAGUACCGUGGUUUCUUCCUGAACGAUGAGCAGCCGGGUCUUUCCAGCUGGGUGUCGACCCAGUGGAACGACACGUGGAACAAUGCCGCCCCCUACAACCAGCACUUCUACAGCCUCGUGGGAGAGCUCCUGCUUCGUCUUCGUGCCAACUACCUUUGGCCAACCCUCUGGGGCAGCAUCUUCUAUGUAGACGACCCCUACAACCAGCCUCUAUUGGACGCUUACGAGGUUGUACUCGGUGGUUCUCACACGGAGCCUCUGAUGCGUGCCCAGAAUGAGUUCAGGACAUACUAUCAAGGUCAAUGGGCUUAUAACCUCAACAACAAUACCAUCGAUGAGUACUUCCGCUACGGUGUGCAGCGCGCCAAGCCAUAUGCCCGCAACAGCCUCUGGACAAUGGCCAUGCGAGGUACUGGCGACACAGCUAUCGAGGGCAACCUGGGUGUUGAGGCUAUUGUCACUAUGCUUGAGAAGCUUGUCAGCAACCAGCGCAAGAUCAUUGCUGAAGGACUUGAGAUUGAGGAUGUCUCGACUGUGCCGUCCCUGUGGUGUUUGUACAAGGAAGUGCAGUCGUACCAAGAGAAGGGUCUUCACGUUCCUGAGGAUAUCACUCUUCUGUGGGCCGAUGACAACUGGGGUAAUGUCAGACGAUUGCCUCUCACGAACGAGACAGACCGCAGCGGUGGUGCUGGCGUCUACUACCACUUUGACUACGUUGGCGACCCUCGCGACUACAAGUGGAUUAACACCAUUCAGCUGGAGAAGACCGCCGAGCAGAUGUACCUGGCUUACGCACGCAAUGCCCGAAGGAUCUGGAUCGUCAACGUCGGCGACUUGAAGCCUCUCGAGAUCCCCAUCAGCCACUUCUUCGACCUGGCGUAUGACACGGAGAAAUGGGGGCCUGACAACACUCAAGAAUGGCUCAACUCCUGGGCUGAUCGUGAGUUUGGCGCAGACCACGCUUCAAACAUUACCGAAAUCAUGACUAGAUAUGGCAUGUACGCUGCUCGCAGAAAGUACGAGCUCGUUGAGCCCCAGACCUACUCGGUCAUCAACUACAACGAGGCCGAUGCUGUUCUUGAGCAGUGGGCCAUUCUUCACGAGCAGGCCCAGGCUGUUUACGACUCUCUCGAUAAAGAAUACCAAGCCGCCUUCUUUGAGAUGAUCCUGCAUCCCGUCAUGGCAGGCGAGAUCCUUCACAAGAUCCAGAUCAAUGGUGCCAAGAAUCAGCUGUACGCUGGACAGAAGCGGAACCUGGCCAACGACGUCAUCGACGAGUCCAGGGCUUUGCUGGCUGCCGAUGCGAACCUGACCAUUAGAUGGAACAACCUGCUCGAUGGCAAGUGGCAGCACAUGCUUGACCAAACACAUUUGGGAUACGACGGUUACUGGCAACAGCCCAUGAGAAACACCCUGCCCGAUAUGCGCUUCGUUCAGACGGCAUUCCCAUCUCUGGGUGGCCAGAUCGGCGUUGGUGUUGAGGGUUCCAAUGCUAGCGUACAAGGAGACGACAAAUGGCACACCAAUUCCGCCAACGACCUCGCUACGCCUCCUCUCGACCCGUACGGCGCGAUCUCUCGCUACUUUGAGAUCUUCACGCGCGGAACGCAGGCCUGCGAAUGGAAGGCUAGCCCGUGGCAACCAUGGGUCAAGUUAUCGCAGUACACUGGCACCGUAGGCGGCGACAACGGAACUGACGCUCGCAUCUACGUGUCGAUCGACUGGGCGAAUGCACCUGCUGCCCCGAACGCGACGCAGGUGUACAUCAACGUGACAACACCGUGCCGAGGACUGGAGAGAUAUGCUGGGCAGGGACAGAGAGUCAUCAUCCCGUUCGUCAACCGGGCUGUUCCGUCCAACUUCACCAAGGGCUUCGUCGAGUCUGAUGGACACGUAUCCAUCGAAGGCCCUCAUUACCAGAACAUUGUCUCGCCCACGACAUCCAAUUCCAGCAGCAACCAUAGUCUCGAGUACCACGUCUUCGAGAACUAUGGUCGCACUCUGGGAGGCGUGGGACUGUACCCGGCCGACUCGGAGAAGAUCAAGCUCGGUGAAGGCCCGGCUCUCGAGUACAACAUGUACCUCUUCACCAACACCAGCAAAGCCAACGUCACUCUGUACAUCUCACCGUCUUCCAACUAUCUUGGAGAUGGCAACCCACUAGAGUACGGCAUCUCCCUGUACCCGACUGGGGGCAGUGAGCCGGAGCCCAAGACGGUGCGACCGGUUGGCAAGACUGAGGGACAGAACAUGCCCGACGGUUGGGGGUAUGCCGUGGGCGACGCCGUCUGGGGCCUGACGGGCAACUACACGACGACUUCGUUCAACGUCACUCAGGAGGGAGCCUACACGCUGCGCAUCUGGGCCCUCAUGCCGAACAUUAUCGUGCAGAAGGUCGUCGUUGACCUUGGAGGCGUGAGGAAGUCGUAUCUCGGACCCCCGGAGAGCUUCUUGCUCGGGCGGGAUGAGCAGGGCAAGUACAACCAGACGACGUUUACGAGUAGUCCGGGUGUUGUGGGAGGUCACGGGAACGAGAACGCGACGAGGCUCGCGCAAAAAACGAACAAUAAGAACGCCGGUGGGAGGAUGUGGGCCAACGGUGUCAUGACGGGGGUGUUUGCCAUGGCUCUGGGUGUCUUCCUGACGAUGUUCUGA